AUGACUUGGCAGGUCUUGUGCUUCUACUCACAGACAGUGGCGGCCCCACGGAAGUCUUGCUGCGUGUCGCUCUCCGCGUUCUACAGUAGCGUGAUCGUGGAGUGUCAGCGUUGCAUCUGCGGCGCCUGCCCAGUGACUUCCAUGGCGCCGCAGUGCAAGGGACCCAAGGCCGAGCCUGCUGUCCGAUGCACUGGGCACAUGUGCCCAAUCCAGGUGCACUGGCACAUCAAGAAAAGCUACCGGGAGUACUGGCGUGUGAAGAUGACUGUUAACAACUUCAACACGCUGAAGAACUUUAGUGACUGGAACCUGCUAGUGCAGCACCCCGGUAUGCAGAACCUGACAAAAGUCUUCAGCUUCAACCACCACCCGCUAGUCCAGUAUGGCACAAUAAACGACACAGAGCUGUUCUGGGGGCUCCCGAACUUCAACACGAGGUUGCUGCAGGACGGCUACGUGCAGUCAGAGAUCCUACCGAGGAAGGACCAGGACUUCACCUUCGAUGCAGGUUGGGCGUUCCUGAUCAGGAAGAUGUACUUGGACGGCGGUGAGUGCGCGAUGCCACCACCUGACGACUACCCACCGCUGCCCAGCGCCAGCUGCGAUCAGCGCCUCUCGGCAGUGCUGAGGUCACUGCUCGCGGGCCUCGUCUUGUUGUUUCUCCUGUUCUAG